UUUGUCAAAUCCAAGUGUCUUUUACCCUCAGUCCAAUAAAUUAAGAAAGGAAAAUCCCCAUUCUCAGCAGAGAUAAAAUGCUCCCCUGAAUUGGAUUGGAUUAAGCCCGCCACUGCUUGCACUUUGUUAAUUGUUAAAGCUCGGCCGUCUUCCAGGGCAACUUGACUCGCCCUAUGGAUAUAUGUAGCAUGUCGAUGUCGGAGCAAUUAUCUGCGAAUUCUCUUCGAUUCAGCCGAGUUGCGAGAAAUUCUAUUGCUAUUCGACGAGCCCCGACGUCACUCUUGCUCCGCUGCGCAUCCGAUUCAUUACUGGAGUCGAAUUCUCGGAAUCGGAUGUUCAUUCUCGGAAUGGGUUUUGUGGGACAGUUCGUGGCGCAAGAUCUCAUGAACAGUGGAUGGGUUGUUUCUGGCACUUGCAGAACCACUACAAGGAAGAAGAUGCUUGAGGAAAGGGGCCUCAACGUAUACCUUUUUGAUGCAAAUGAGCCGGAGCCAGGAGUUCUUGAUACUAUGAAACAUCAUACACAUCUCCUUGUUUCAAUCCCUCCUGUUGUAGGUCUUGGUGAUCCAAUGCUUCAACAUAGGCAAAUUUUGAGAAGCAGACUAAUGGAUGGAAAUCUUCAAUGGCUGUGUUACUUGUCAUCGACCAGUGUUUAUGGAAAUUGUGGUGGAGCAUGGGUAGAUGAGUAUUGUCCUGUAAGCCCUGAAAGUGAAUUGGCUAAAGUGAGGGUAGCAGCUGAGGAAGGAUGGCUAGAUCUGGGCCAUGAUCUUGGGCUCUCUGCCCAAAUAUUUCGACUGGGAGGCAUCUAUGGCCCUGGCAGAAGUGCUGUAGAUACCAUAAUUAAGCAGAUGCCAUUGUCAGAAGCUCAGAAAAGGAGAGUAACCAGGCAAUACACAUCCAGAAUUCAUGUAGCCGACAUUUGUCAAGCACUCAAGGCUAGCAGUAUUAGUGUGCCAAGCCCCAGGAAUAUCUAUAAUAUAGUUGAUGAUGACCCUGCUCCAAGGGAGGAAGUAUUUGCAUUUGCAAAGCACUUGAUCAAGGAAACGUGGCCAAACCAGAUAAAAAAAAGCACGUCUCCUGGUAUGACAGGAUCAAUUAUUCAGAAGCAAAGUUCCAAACGUGAGAAGCGGGUGUCCAACUCACGCAUGAAGAAGGAAUUAGGAGUGAAACUAAUUCAUCCAAGUUACAAAUCUGGAUUGUCAAACAUCAUUGUUCAUAUGAAGAACCCAUUUGGAUGAUUUCAUUGGAUUCUUUCAAUGUUGUCAUAAAGAUGUUAUGCACUGUAAACACAAUUAAAAGAACUAAACGAAAUCAUGCUAAUAAGCAUCAAGUGUCAAAUGUUAAAAUUUACAUCAA